AUGCACACCUUCACAAAGCUGCUCUCUGCUCUUUCUCUCUUGUCUGUCGCCUACUUCACUCUUGAGGUGAAGGCUCAAAUUCCUCCUCCCGCAAAUCGGACCACCGGCGGGUCGACCUGCUCCACCACGACAUUCUUGCUCGAGACCGUAAUGCCGGCGAACAUCAACGAUAACGGCGGCGUACCCCUCACAGUCCCCAUCACGACAUUCCCGGUGUACACUGGGCUCUCCGUCGGUGUGCAGAACUACACCUGUGGAGCCGACGGUACCUGGUCUUCCAUCGGCGCAUUCUCCUACCUGUACGACAUCUCCUGCCUCCCGUUGGACACCCACAGGGCGUUCACGUCGUUCAUUGCUGGCCUCUGGGAUGCUGCGCCGCAGACAGUGACUGCCGCAGACCUCGUUGCCGUCACCAAGAACCUCAAUCCCGGCGUCGGGCUCGGCGUCCACUACUGGGUCCCAGAUCCGCUCAACGCGACAAGCGGCAGCACCUUCGCCAAAUGGGACUUCAGUCAGUCCGAGCUGAUGGUAAACGACACCAACAAGGCGAAUGCCUUCCUCGUCGCAUCCAAGACCGGCAACGUCCCCGACC